AUGCAAUUACAAUUAACCGGAGCUUCACUGCUCCUCUCUGCAUUGCUUCCGGGCCUUGCGGCUGCGACCGGAUUUGAUUGCGCGCACAUCAACGUCGAGGGAUACAAGUACGAUCUCAGCUCCCUGGGCGGAGUUCACGAGCUGUACCACGUCAAGGAGACGGAGGACUGGACGACGAAUACAACCUACGUAUUGAACAUUUGCAACAUUCUGCACAAGGCUGCGAAUCGCCCUGAGGGGAAGUGCGGCACUUCUAGGAACAUUUGCGGCUUCGUGAAAGAACUGCCGAAAGAUGGCAACGGCGGUACCUCAUUCGGUUUCCCGAUCGUCGGACUCGACCACGCCGGGGCAGGCUCCAAGGAUCCCAAGUUCACCCUAUUGAACAAGAUCGAUGAGAACAUGGAGGGUGUCCGGGUCGAGUUGGGAGGCGGCGAAUACACGGGCGACCACAACGACGAAAAAGCCAAGGAUGCAAGCGCCCAGAUCGACUUCCAGUGCGACCCGGACCGGUCCGGACUGGAGGGCCUCAAUACAAGAGACGAUCCGAAGGAGCGCCGAGAUGAAGGCGACUCGGCUCCGGGUCGCAGCCUUGAGUUUAAGAGCUUCGACCUGACCGAUGAUGACAAGUAUGUUCUCAAGCUCGCGUGGAAAACGCGGUAUGCUUGCGACGACUUCCAGCGUGGCAAGAAUAGCUCCAGUCACUGGGGAUUUUUCACCUGGUUGAUCAUCAUUCUCUUCCUCGCCAUCGCCACAUACCUCAUUUUUGGCUCAUGGCUCAAUUACAAUCGCUACGGCGCUCGCGGCUGGGACCUUCUCCCGCACGCCGACUCCCUUCGCGACAUUCCAUAUAUCUUCCAGGACUGGGUCAAGCGAGUGAUUAACACUUUGCAAGGAUCCGGUUCGAGGGGCGGGUACAGUGCAGUAUGA